AAUAAACAAUUUAGAAAGUCGAAGAAUAUUAGUAUGCAGUACAUAUUUGGAUAUAAUUAUGAAUAAUUCAAUUGAUUGUCAGUUUAACAAUUGAACAGUUGAAUAAACCAAAACAAGUUUUAUCUACAGUAUAUAUAACCUUAGAAUUUCCGUAGAAAUUCAGUGCGGAGAUAUUAAUAACAUCAUGGCGAGAUUCCUAGUUUCAGUGCUAACUGUAACGAUCUUAGCAUCGACAAGCUUCGCCUUGGAUUGGUAUGCACUUACGCAGGCCAAUUACGCUGCCAUCCAGACGGGACUGGCCCAAAUAAACGAUGCGGCUUCACAGAUGAAUCAAUCCAUCAUCGAACAGCAGAAUCGGGUUCAGGCUGCCAUGGAUGAGGUUGAUGGCUUCGUGCGACAAUCGUUGUUCGGAAUGCUGUAUCAGUAUCAGAGCCUGAACUUAACUCUUCCAGCAGUGCAAAGGGUAAUAUCGUCGGUUUCCAAAGUGAGCGAUUUCAAAUGGUACGCGGCAUACCUGGCAGACGACUAUAAGAAGAGUGUCACGAACAAUGUGAUGAUUCCGGCUCAAUCGACCGUGCAGAAUAUUCUCAACGCUAUGACGUCCUUCUUCGCCAACCAGUGGAAUAGCUGUUCGCAGAGGUACGCUCCGCAGCUGGUGCAACCACAGCUUUCUGUGGGUAGAUUGCAGCACUGCAUUACCGUGGCUAUUCCAUACUUUAAGGCUUUGGCCGAUACCACAUUGUCCAUGUUUGGAUACGGUAAGACAGGAAUAACAACGAUUCUUGGUUUUCUGGAUCAAUGUUCACCCAAUUCAACAUCCUGUGUAGACAAGUUUUUGAAUGACAUUCCAAAUCUUUUGAAUACCAUGGUGAUGUCUGUUAUGAAUCUGCAAUCAUUACCCAACGCUUUCAUACAGCCCGGAGUACCCGCAGUGAAGGAGUGUACCGAUCUGAUAAUGACGGAUAUUCAGCAGCUUCUGCAAGGUCUCGUGAACAAGACGACGUCUUGCUGAUGAGAUCUUUGCAUCACAAACACUGUUGCUCGAUCUCGUGGAGCUCUGCAAUAUACUGGAGGUUGUGUUUAUCACCCUCAAUUUUCUUUUAUUUUCCCGGAACAACCUUGAAUUUUGAUUUUGAUGCUUCCUGUAGUCAACCGUUGAAAAAUAACCACCAG